AUGCACCAGCGCGUAUCUCAAAUUCAAAAGUCGCCAACAACUAUUUAUACCAUGGCCGUGCAAUUUCUCUUGUUGCUUUCACGCCAAGGCAAGCUUCGUUUGACAAAAUGGUACCAGACUAUAUCACAGAAGGAGAAGACCAAAAUAACUCGUGAGCUCACCACUUUGAUCUUAUCACGCCGAGCAAAGAUGUGCAACGUGUUGGAAUACAAAGAUUUUAAAGUUGUAUAUAGGAGGUAUGCUUCGUUGUUUUUCAUUGUGGGCAUAGAUCUGAGCGAUAAUGAGCUCUUGGCGUUGGAAACCAUCCAUAGAUUCGUGGAACAGAUGGAUAAACUGUUUGGAAACGUGUGUGAAUUGGAUAUUAUUUUUGGCUUUGACAAGGCAUAUCAUAUACUAGACGAGUUGUUGCUUGACGGGUAUGUUCAGGAGAGUCUGAAGAAGGAGGUUUUGCGAAGGGUGGCUCAGCAAGAUGAGUUGGAAAACAUGGAUGAGUUUGACAAUAUUCUUGCGUAG